AUGGCUGAUGAACAAGAAAUACAACAGAGCCUGCAAGAUUUGCAGAAACAGCUUGGGAAGAAACAAAAAUUUGAGGAAUCGGUUUCCACCAUCAGAUCUCUCCUCAAACAGCACUAUUCAUCUGCUUCACCUCAUCUCCAGAAAACGUUCUACACUGUUAUAUGCCGGGUUUCAACUAUUUUGAAAACAAGAUACACAGCUCCCGGAUUUUGGAAUGCCGGGCUUAACCUUUUUCAGGAAGCCGAACAGCUCGUCUCGAAUGCUUCCGAGCGUAAGCACCUACAAAAUUGCGUGUCUGAUGCACGUGGCCAAUUGAACGAGGAAGAAAAUCAGUCGGAGGAUUUGAGAUCCAACGGCAGUAGAACCAGUGGAGGCUAUUUAUUUGAGGGACAUCUCACCGUUGAUCCCGAGCCUCCACAGCCUGAUUGGUUAGUUCAAUCAAACUUGCUAACGGCUGCUGCUACCUUGUUUCAAGGUGAAUCUUCUGAAGGGCAGAUUGGGAAUAUUAAUUCUGGAGAAAGUGCCGCGAACCUUAUGCAAGAAUUGAUGUCGAGGUUGGAUGAUAUUGUGCCUGAGAUUCUAGAAGUAGAUUCGGGAGUUCCAAGAGUACCCCCCGCCAGUAAAGAAGUCGUAGCAAAGCUUCCUGUUACUACUGUUUCACAAGAAGCCUUAGUGAAGCUCGGUAAGGAUGCCGUUUGUUCCAUUUGCCAAGAGAAUUUGGUCGUUGAUGAUAAAAUGCAAGAAUUACCGUGCAAGCAUAUGUUUCAUCCUCCUUGCCUCAAACCCUGGCUGGAUGAGCAUAAUUCUUGUCCGAUUUGUCGGCAUGAGCUGAAAACUGACGAUCACGCUUACGAAAGCUGGAAGGAGAGAGAGAAAGAAGCGGAGGAAGAGAGGAAAGGGGCCGCGAAUGCCGUUAGAGGCGGCGAAUAUAUGUAUGUGUAA